CUUGUCAAAAUUCUCCCAACUGUCAAAAAAAUUUUGUUUAUCAUCGUUUCGCUUGCCGAUUUUCUUGUAUUCCAAAAACGAUAUUCAGUAUUUAACAAAAAUGCCGACACAAGAAGUAACCACCACCAAAGUCGUCGUUCACCCCCUGGUGCUAUUAAGCGUGGUGGACCAUUUCAACCGUAUGGGCAAAAUCGGUAACCAAAAACGAGUCGUGGGCGUCUUACUGGGUUGUUGGAGGGCCAAGGGAGUUUUGGACGUCUCCAACAGUUUUGCUGUACCCUUUGAUGAGGAUGACAAAGACAAAUCUGUAUGGUUCUUGGAUCAUGACUAUUUAGAAAACAUGUAUGGAAUGUUCAAAAAAGUAAACGCGAGGGAAAGAGUGGUCGGUUGGUACCACACUGGCCCCAAGCUGCACCAAAAUGAUAUUGCUAUUAAUGAAUUAGUAAGGAGAUAUUGUCCCAAUUCUGUACUGGUUAUAAUCGAUGCAAAACCUAAAGACUUAGGGUUACCUACUGAAGCCUACCAGGCAGUGGAAGAAGUGCAUGACGAUGGCUCGCCAACUUCAAGGACCUUUGAACAUGUCCCAAGUGAAAUUGGUGCCGAAGAGGCUGAAGAAGUCGGUGUUGAACACUUAUUAAGGGAUAUUAAAGACACCACUGUGGGAACUUUAUCCCAAAGGAUCACCAAUCAACUUCUUGGUCUCAAAGGGUUGUUGUCCCAAUUAAAAGAAAUCCGGGAUUAUUUGAUUCAAGUCAAAGAUGAAAAGCUCCCCAUUAACCACCAGAUCAUUUAUCAGUUGCAAGAUAUUUUCAAUUUCCUUCCCGAUAUCAAUCAAGUGCAGUUCAACAAGAGUUUUUAUGUGAAAAAUAAUGAUCAGAUGCUGGUGGUUUAUUUGGCUGCUUUAGUGAGGAGUAUUGUGGCACUGCAUAACCUUAUUAACAAUAAAUUAACUAAUAGGGAUGCUGAAGAGGGCAAAAAAGAGGACAAAAAAGAUAAGGAAGCGGCCAAAGAGAAGAGCGAGAAGGAUAAGGAGGGGGCUAAUAAGAAAGAAGACAAGAAAAAGUGAGCGGUAUUUAUUCUUAAGAGACUUUUGCUUAUUUUGAAAAUAAAUAGAAUUAAUUUGUAA